CGAACACUAUAUAAUUUAACAUUUUAACAACAUUUACACUUUACAACAAUCUCUUCGUCGUUAGUUAAAAUGAAGUUUAUGAUAUUACUGUUUUUGGUAUGCAUUGUAAUGGCCUAUUCAACGAUGUUACUUAAACCUGAACACAAUAAAGUAGAGAAUGAUGAAGGCAAUAAUGAAGUGAAAAAUAAGGACGAAGAUGAAGCUGACGAACAAACUGACAAACAGAAUAAACAUAAAGAGAAAAGUGACGAUAAUCAUGGCAAGAAAAAGGAGAAAAAGGAGGAAAAAGGGAAAAAGAAAAACGAUGAAACGAAUGAUGAACAUGAAGACGACAAUGACACUGAUGAUCAAGUUGACUCAAAACGUGGAAUGAAAGCAAUAUAUAAAGUGUUAAAAAAAUCCUUUAAAUCUGGACGUAAGAAAAUGCAGAAAACAAUCGAUACUUAUUUGAGAAAGAAUGAUUUAGAUAAGAAAAUACUCGACAUUGUUGAAAUACUGAGCAAGCGUAUGGAAAAACGAGCAGAUUAUCUAACACAGAAAUUGGAUGAAAUGUUGGCAUAUGAAACAUCAUCAUGAUAGAAAUUGUUCAAUGUAGUAUUCUAUUGUUUCAUGAAAUAAAUAAAUAUUUACAUUUAAAGAGAUAAAAU